AUGUCGAAGCCAUUCCACAUCGUCAUCGUGGGUGCCGGCCCAGCAGGCCUAUCCACUGCCCUGGCACUCGCCAAACAGCCGCCCGUCUCAUCAUCGCCCUUACACAUCACCGUCCUCGAGCUCCGGGAUGGCGUUCAAACACUCGGUGGUGCCGUCAAUCUUACGCCCCUUGCCCUUCGGUAUCUAGACUGGCUCGGCGCCGGGGGCAAGCUUCGGCCCCAGGCCUCGACCGUCUCGGCCAUUGAACUUGUCGCCCACAGGACAGGAGGCUUGCUAGGGCGUCUAUGGCCAGACGUUGAUGCCAUCAGAGCCCAGAGACAACUCCUCGUCGAGGCCCUCAGAGAUGCCAUCUACGAGCUAUCGACGGGGAAUCAAGACCCCAAGGUAGACAUCAUAUACGACGCCAAGAUCAACGAAAUGAGGGAAUUCGGCUCCAUGGAUAACGGCGGCCUCGAAAUCACCUAUGUCAAGACGGGCGCCUCCCCCGGCAAACACACCCUGGAGGCAGAUGUCAUCAUAGGCUGCGACGGAAUCCACUCCCAGGUGCGCAACGCCCUCGUCGAGCCGAGCCGCAAAAAGACCUACUCUGGGAAAUGCACCACCUACGGCUACGCGGACCUGCGCAAGAACGGCGCCAACCCGUCCGAGCUCGUGAAGUCGUGGGUUCGCGCCGACGGAUGCCCCCUCAUCACGGACACGACCCUCGUAACAAAGGGCAACGAGGCGCUCCUGCUGACGUAUUACGAGCCGUCCCACGAGAAGCUGUAUCUUGCAUUUGUGAAUCCCAUGACGGAAAAGGAGGACGCGAGAGAGGGCUGGUCUGUUCACGGCGCCGACAAGGAAGGCAUCAAGACGAGUAUACGGGGCACGUUUCAGGGCGGCGCGCUCAAGUGUCUCGGCGAGAUUAUCGACCUGUGCGAGGAGUGGUUCUUUUUCCCAGUCUAUAUGCUCCCGCAAGAAGGGGAUUGGUGCAAGGGGAGGGCGAUCGUCAUUGGAGACGCUGCACAUGCUAUGCCGCCCCAAGGCGAAGCAACGGGCGUCGCCAUCGAAGACGGCGUUCUAUUGGCCCGCGUGCUGAGUCGGCGAGCAACGAGAGAUAUUCCCACGCUGUUUAGGGAUUACGAGACUCUUCGGCGACCAGAUAUUCAAGAGACGUACAAGGAGACUAUGGCGAGAUGGAACGCCCCUGUCCCCAAGGCCUGGAUGAGUGGUUUCAUUAUGGAUUGGAUGACGUGGGGAUACCUGAAGCUCAUGGGUAUGAAGAAGGAUUAUUUUGGUCGUGAUGUGAGGAACAUGGAGCUGCCUGCGUAA